GCUCCCAUUAGGUGAUAAUUACAUGCCAACAAAUAAACAAUUAUCGCCUCAUGCUUCCACGUGGGGGGUUCUUUAUUCAAAUGCUAAAACUUUCCAACUAUAUUACUUUAAUCAGUGACGUCGAAAAAUUCUACAAAUAUAUGCGACGGGAGCAGUCGGGGUGGUAAGGGGAGCGAAAGCGAUCGAGGAUAAUGGCCAAAUUUUGCCCCCGAGAUUUGACUGGUGACUUGAAAGCUCACUAUCAGCCUGCAGAAACUCGGAAGGUGUCGGGAAGAAAAGUUUCAACAUGUUCGUUCACUAUUGAGAGUAUUUUGGGGCUUGAGACGAAUGAGAAAACCACUUGUAUUAUCGAUCCCUAUCGCCCGUGGGCUGAUGUGCUUAAUAUUACAGCUUUUCCAGGGACAUCCUGCUCAAACUCCUCUGAGAGAUCUCACGAUCUGCCUUACACAAGGAAGGAAGACAAGGGGAGUGACCGCGACCUCUACUGUACCAAGGUGAACCGGCGGAAUGAAGAUCGCGUCUCUUAUCCGCCGAACUGUUGCUGGUUCCGAGGGAGAAGACCUCGGACCGCUUUCAGCAGGAGCCAGAUUGAAGUUUUGGAAGAGGAAUUUCGGCUGAAUUGUUACCCAGGAAUUGAUGUUCGUGAGGAACUUGCACAGAAACUGGCUUUGGAUGAAGAUCGAAUUCAGAUCUGGUUCCAGAACCGUCGAGCAAAACUGAAACGAUCUCAUCGUGAGUCACAGUUUUUAAUGGUGAAAAAUGCACUAAUACGUUCAGAUGUUCAAAAUCGGAAACCAAGUACGCAGGUAUAAGACCUUGAUCCGCAAAAACACAGGAAAAUCUUGUGUACAUUCUGAUGCUCCUUCUUGUGGCCUGAGACAUGUGGACCGGGAACACUUGUGUUUGGAUUCUGUGCUAGUUGGUCUUUGCAGGUGAUGCAGUAGGGGAGAAUUGCUGAACUCGGCAGCCACGGGUUGUGGAGGGAAACAAUUGGCAAACGUCUGAUUUUUGAUCGCAAUCGUUGAACCUCACAGGCGCUAAUGUGCAUAGGCUGUUGCAAUGCCUCCUGACUAGCUAAUCUAUUAACCAGGCAGUAGCAUCCCACUCUGAACGUGCUUCAAGCUGUCCAACAUCCGGGAUUGUCCUAAAAAAAAACAAAUAGAAUCAAUUUGGUGAUUUUUAAAUCUGAUCUUGAGCGGAGAAAACACAUUCACGCCUCUCCACUGUUUAUGCAAUUUUGCUUUACACAUAUUGGCUUUUCUCUGCUACAAUAGUGAACUGUGCAAUGAAAGUCUUGAAGUUUUUGAUUUUGAGGAAAUCCAGGACCCCCCCCAAGAGAAUAAUGCCCCCCCCCACAAUAAAUCCAAGGAAGAUGACCAUGACAACUUGAUUAGAGUCCUUGAUUCUCUUCCAAAUGCUUGUAUUUGUUGAUUUCACACCCCCCCCCCCAAAUGGCCACACUGGAUGAUGCUGAAUUGUUCUCCCAUCUGACCAAGACAUCAGUGUUCUUCAUUGGUUGCUGAGCCCUUUGGGGUGACCUGAGAUUUUUUUGAAGGACGAAUAGUACCAGUUUCUGAUCAAAUUGUGUAAAAGUGUUUCUAUUUUCUUUUAAUUCUGGGGCCACAUUGCUGAAAUGUUUGCAGAUUUCAGAAAUAGUUUUGCUAUUUAAAAAUAUUGUCCUUUUUAGAGGAACUUGCUGGGUAUACAACACCAACAAAUGGCAAUGAUGCAUAAUUCUAUGAUAAUCUGCUCAUUAUUUCUUAAUGUUUCAAAACAGCAACUAACAAUUGCAAAGAAAAGUUGAAGAGAGAGUCCAACAGCGAUUUUAUGAAAUGUUUAGUUUGUACUUCCUAGAUAAUUUGUGCUAGGUAAAGAUAUUUUUGAGAAAUGAAGUGUAAAACUACCCAAUGUAAAAGAAGUAAUUAAUGUAAAUGGAUCGGACAUUUUAUUCAAUUUGCAGAACUUUAGCUGGAGUGAAUAAUUGUUUAAUGCAUGUAUAAAAGGUCUUUCAGUAUGUGUACAAUUGUCUGUUACCAAGUAUUGUCUGUA